GUACUUACUUGGACUGGCAGCGAACGGCAAACCUCAUAUCUUGGCAUAGCAGAGCCUCACAUGUAGUCGUGUUGGGUCAAAUUUGAUCUCACGAGCAUGGCCUCUCCACGGCAGGAACGGCCUCCUGCCGGAUUCAGCAGAAUGGCCUCAAUCUCUACGACGAGUUCAGGCCAGCGGGGCCAAUCGAGUCUCGCGAGAAGUACGACUAUGAGUACGGUGAGCAGUUUAUACGCAGCAGAGACUCCGCGAUCCGAAUUUCAAGACCAGCUAUCCGAGAUGGCUGUAGGUGCUGGAGUCCCACUGACCCUUCCACGGUCUCUGCUAUCCCUUCCAAACCAAAGAGCGGCCCCUUCCAACCCCAGUGAUAAGUCAGGGGCUGAAGAGUUUCUGAUGUCACUACGACCGAAGAGAGCAUUCAUUGGCAAGUCAUCUAAAGGCUUCGCCAAGGAAGAGGUUCUGUUGGCAUUGGACAAGGCGAUCGUGGGUAAAAAGUCGGUACUGCUAAUCGAAGGAUUGAUUCAGCUGGCAGAAACUGCUGGAGCGAACGCGGGAAAUUCGAGCAGUCCAUUCACAACAGACAAGAAGGGACAUGCUAUACCAACUCUGGACUACUUGUUCACGCAAGCCGAACACUCUCAUUCAAUUGAUGUCUGGCGACUGUUUCUCAAUCGAGUAUCACAGAGAUUUCUCGAUGCUUCGCUAGCUGGGAUGUUGAAAGAUCGUCCUGAUGAUAUUGAACGCAUCAAAUCUCUCCUGGAGUUUGGAGCAAAUCCUGAACUCUGUCAGGAUCGAAUUCUGGACUUGACUGGAUCAGGAUCGGAGGAGUUGGUCGAAAUUGUAUUGCUAUCACCUCUGCUCAAGAACUCCGAGUUCUUAAACCAAGGGUUGGUCAAAGCUGCUGCUAAUGGCUCCCUGAGGAAUACCUCUAUGCUUCUUUUGAGAGGAGCAAAUGGAAACUAUGGGCAAUCCUCUGCGUUGAAGAAUUCUGUUUCGAUGCAAAGAUACGAUUUGACACUCGCAAUCGUCACCAUGACGAAGAAACCAAUUUCUUCAAGCAAUCUCGACGACGCUACUGGAAUGAUAAGCUCUUGGAGUCGGGAAGCCCAAAAGCCGUUCUUGAAAGUCCUUCUCUAUGCUGGAGCAUCCGGCUCUCGGACGAGCAAGACUUUGGUGCCGUUCAUUGCCGCGCAUGAUCAAGACAUCACAUCUAUCUUGACCGAAUGCCUCGCUUUUCGCCACAGUACAUUUCCAGCACCUAAGCUGUUUCAAUACGCCGUUGAAACUGGGAAGUUUCCACUGGCGUUGGAUGUGCUACGUUCAAGCCACAAUCGAUCAUUUUCGGACUAUGCUAGCACCGGUGUGCAUUUGCAGCUCGUCAGGGGAUAUUCCGAGGACCCAGAAGAAACUCACAAAGUCCUCUCGGAGCUACUCACAUUGGGCAUCUCUGGCGAUUAUACGUCUCAGAUGCUCGUGCGCUGCUGUGCUCCCGAGCAGAUAGAGGAUUCGCACAUCGUGACCCUGAUCGAUUUACUUAUUACAACAGCUGGUGCAAAGGUUAACUACUCUGAUGGAGCCGCCCUUAUGCUCGCAAUUGAAGCAGCGAGUCCCGCAAUUGUUGGUACAUUGGCAGGUACCAAACCUGCGAAGAAAAUCCUCAACUUGGCUGUGGUACAUACCAGUUCUAGCUUGGGCGAUGAUAAUCCGGCAAAGCUGGAGAUCUGGUCGACAUUGCUGGAUGCAGGAGCGUCAGGCCCGAGCGUUGAUCAGGAACUGUUCUCUGCGAUCGACAGAACACCUCAGUCUCUUAAAAAGGUCAAGGUCCUGCUUAAGGGUGCUUCUCUCGAUCAUUCUGAGGGCAAAGCACUUGUCAAAGCCGUACAACUGGAGAGACUCGAUCUAUUGGAAGCGAUGCUCGCACAGAAGACACCCCAAUUCCUGACCUUCGCGUCUGUAUGGAAACAAACCCGAAAGCUAUUCGCACUGGCUGAAAGCGGUGAUGGACCUUUGCCAUACAGUCUCCCCUACAUGCAAAAUAUAUACGAGGUAUUCCAUGCUGCAGCAAAAGGCGCUACUCCUGUCGAUGACCUUCUCGUCGAUGCCACCAAGUGCUCUUCGAACGAGAUAGCGCUGAGUCUGACCAGACUCUUCCUACGGUGGGGAGGCUCGCCGAAUGUUGCUCUAGGAGCCCCGCUACAAGCUUGCAUCAAACGGUCAGAUACGCAGACUUUGGCGGCGCUACUAGAAGGGGAGACAUCUAAGACCUCUCUUAAGUAUGGAUUCGUGGAAGCUCUAGCGCUGAGACACGACGAGCGGCAUGCGAUGCUUGAAACAAUUAUUGGUGCUGGGUUGGAGAGAGCUUCUCUCGAUGCUGCCCUACCGCAAGUUCUUCGAGAAGAUCCUUACGAUGUCCCGACUGUCCAUCUGAUCGUUGGAGCCGGUGCAAUAUUACACAGCUCUUUUGGGGAGAACUUGGUACCUCCUUCGCUGAAUCUCGAUCUCCCAGUUGUGGAGAUGCUCCUACCGUCCAUUGGUGACAAAAACAGCAUUCUCUUGCCACUGAAAGCUGUUCUCAGUUCUCGAAAGGAUUGGCAGAGUCCGGAUGGUGAAAGUCUACCUAUGGUGAAAAUGCUCGUCAAUCAUUGCGGCAAGGGUACUUGGGCCGAUGGGUCCUUCAUUUCUGGAGUUAAGGCAUGCAACCUGCACUUUGCAUCCAUCUUUGAGAAGCACUUGACAUCUGACAGUGUAUUCUCCGAUGCCCUGCAACAGCUUCUGGUGGUCGACCAUCCAUCUUUUGACCGGGAUAGACUUUCAAUGACACAAUAUCUUCUGCAGAAUGGAGCAAGAGGAAAUGUUAUCGACAAGUUCUUUUUGCAUGCCGCCCGGACUUUGGAGCUCGAAUGGAUCACCGCUCUAUACCCGUACAUUUCCGACCGCUCUGUGGCUCUCUCUGCGUUUGGCCUCGUGCAGAACACUAAGGAGGCUGGUAAUGCUACCAGCGGAAACAGACUCGAGAUCAUUCAGUUUCUUCUCAAACAAGGGCUUGACGGCCCCAUGGUCGACAGUGCUUUCGUCCACGCCGCAUCCACAGCCGACGUCAAGGGAAUGAACGAGUACAUGGCAUUUGUCACUUCGACAAGUCCAUUUUCACAAGCCUUAGACAUACUUGCCCAGAACGGGAAGCUUCUGGUAUCAAGGGAAGGCAUGGCUGCUGUAGAUCUUUUGAUCAGCAAGGGCGCCUCUAACGUUUCUGUGGCAAAUGCAGCAAAGACGGCUGCGAAGGCACAUAAUCUGGCCACUUCAAAACUGAUAAUUGGAAUGACCCAAACGCACAUCGUCAUUCAUGCCGCGUUUCAAGGCUUGAUGGAACAUCCGAAACCACUAAACUAUGCAGAAAGUCGCAAUAUUCUCUUCUACCUGCUGGAAAGUGGGUUAGGUGAUGAAGAUACAGAAGUUGUCGCUCGUCUCGCCGGUUCUUCGUUUGACCUCGCUGUUGUGAAGGCAUUAUCCCCAUUGGAUAACUCCGAAUAUUUAUACGAUUGCGCACUUGAUGCUAUUCCCCUUGCGGACAACACAUGGCUCUCCACCAAAGGCUUAGAGUUUGUCGAUUACCUGCUUGGUAAAGGUGUUUCUCCCAGGGUGAUAAACAAGCUCAUCGAGGCAGCUUCGGAAGCAUUGAGUCUGGCUGCACUUCAUAUACUUUUGCCAGCAUGCGAUGAUAUGGGCAAAGCAGUUGAGCUAAGUUUCGGUUCUGUUGUGUCUGACAACGCGAGAUGGACUUCGACACAGGGAUUGCAUGUUGUCGACUUUCUGCUUGAAUACGGGGCAAAGGGACAUGCGGUUGAGCAAGCAGCAGCACACGCAGCCGAGACACUGAAACAUGAUGCUCUGGAUGUUUUGUUGAAGAGUCCUGCGGCAGGAAUAGUGAUCCCAGCAGCCUUCAAAGCUCUGACCAGAAGCAAAUCAGGACGGCUCUCUUCAGAACAGCUUACCAUUGCGUCUACCUUGGUUAAGCAAGGGGUUUCCACUGAGAACCUUGAAAUUGCUGCAAUUGAAUUUGCAAAAAUUCUAGAUAUUGAAGGUCUCAAGGUGUUGUCUGGGUCACCACGUUUCCGUCAAGUGACGGACAAUGUACUCCGAGCACUUUUGCUCGACGAGACUUUGUGGCGUACUCUUGAGGGGAAUCGUAUCAUCCAAUUUCUCAUCGAAAAGGGAGCCUCAACCAAAAUGAUUGAAGCCUCGGCGUCCAAGGCAGCAGCAGCGCUCGACAUAGAUGCCUUGCACAAUGUCCUUGGCACAGACCACCUUUUCUCCGUGGUAGAAGCCGCAUUCACAUCAAUGACAGAGCUUGAGAAAGGUUGGCUGUGCCCAGAAGGCCUACGAAUUGCAGAAUACUUGCUACAAAGAGACCCUUCAGAGGGUAACAUCAACAAAGCCUUCGUUCAGGCGAGCCAGUAUCUCUACUUUGACGCUGUCAAGCUCCUAGAACCCUAUGUAUCAGAUACUGCAGUCUUCAACGAGGCUCUCAAUCGAGCUGUGAAAACAGACUCUAAGUGGCUUUCCCAGCUCCACCUCAUUGAGCUACUUCUUGAAUCAGGCGUGGAAGGCGAUGCAGUUGAGCUUGCGUUGACAAAGGGUGCUCAAGCACUCCACUUGACAUCUUUAGAGCUUCUAGCUCCCAAAAUCGAUCGUUCUGAAAUAUACACUAAGGCUUUUGCAGCAGCCAUUGAAAAUACACAAGAGUGGCGACGGUCCUUGGAUGUCAUUCAUUUUUUGCUACAGCAUGGCGCGAGUGGGGAUCCGGUUCACAAAGCAUACCUGUCUGCAUGCGCAGCUCUCGACCUCCCCGCUGUUACACUUCUCCACCCUCACAUCAGUAAUUCGGAUGUUCACAGCCAUGCAUUUCGCAGAGCAGCUUCUAACGAGGCUUGGUCUUCGCCCAAUUAUCUCGAGGUUCUCAAAUUUCUUUACACUGAAGAUAUUGCCAGCGAUGUCAUAGGUGUCGCCUUAGUAGCUGCUGCCGAAGAACUGAAUGUUGCUGCUGUGCAACUGCUUUCGCGUAAUGCAGACCAGAAAGUAUGUACUGAAGCAUUUGCAACAGCUACUGGUAAUGGGCAGCAAUGGACAUCGGAACAAGGGACGGAGAUUGUACAGAUUCUCGCCGAAAAAGGUUCUCGGGGAGAUUCUGUAAAUGAAGCCUUUAUCAACAGCGCGAGGCUAUUCCGGCUUGAUCUAAUUAACGUUCUAGCUCAUAAUGUUGACAGGGAGAACGUCUGUGUCUCUCUGGCACUUGGCGCUCUAUUGUCGACUCGGGAAUCUGGUGACUCAUGGGUAUCAAAUACGGAUGCACUCGAGAUUCUGAAUAUCCUCGUGAGUAUGGGAGCCAGUGGAGACUCAACAGAUGGCGCCCUCGUGCUGGCUGCACAGGCUGGUAACACUAGUGCCGUCAAUAUCCUUUCCGAAGUCGUCAACGAUCCUCAGACGUUCACUGCCGCAUUCAAUGCUAUGACCACUUCCAGCACUAUAUGGCUCGACAGCAGCUACUUUGAUCUUGUUGGACUUCUCCUCUCGAGAGGGGCUGCUGACGAAGGUGUGCAUGCUGCCCUCGUCAGUGCUCUUUUUUACGUUAUAGACGGGUUAGCUUCACAGGAACUUCUUCAGCUACUUCUUUUCCAUGGGGCAGAUGUCGAUUUUGAUGAUGGGAAGUCUCUUCAGGUUGCCGCUCAAAAUGCAAGACAAGAUCUCUUCGAAAUGUUGCUUGAGAAGAACCCAGAUUCUCACUCUCUUUACAUGGCCUUGAAGGCGGUACUCAGCAAUGGUCUAGACGAGGCAACGGUCUUGGCUUUGUUCAAAUCGGUGACCGACAACAAGGCUGUACAAGCAAGGCCGAAUGUUAACAACAACUCCGAACUUGGGCUUCCGUUGAUCUUCUAUUGCCUCAACAGUUAUCCGACCUCUGCUCGUUUAGUACAAGAAAUCUGUGAUCUAGGCGCCGACUUGUCUGCAACCAUUGUUUGGGAUCUCUACGAGAACGAGUACGAUGACCCGAUUACUGACAGACUUACGCCCUUGCUCUUGUCUCUGGAUAAGAAAUGUUCUGAUGAAGUGAUAGGCGUGCUGCUUGGAUGUGGCGCGGAAAUAAAUUACAUAUCAGAGGAAUCUCGAGCGACAGCAUUGAUGCUUGCUGCUGGCAAAGGAAGAAUGUCGGUCGUGUCAACCUUGAUUGAUCGUGGUGCGAGUGUCCACCAAAAGGAUGUCCGUGACCGAACACCCCUGUGCUAUGCCUCAUGCAAUGGCGAUAUCUCAGUCAUGAAAUCUAUUCUCAAAAAGAACCCACCUCGCAAUGACGGCAGUCUUCACGAAGCCGCAAGGGAGCUCAAUGCCGAUGCUGUCAAACUUUUAAUCAAAGCCGGUCACGAUAUCCACUUUCCGUCAGCAAAACACGGAGGUCGCAGUCCGCUGUGUGAACUCUGCUAUGCUUGCAGAGGUUCCAAAGACUCCGUCGCCCUCCAAAGGACUCUAACCGAGCUAGCAAAUGCCAACGCCCAACCGUUGAGGAAAUCUCGCGGAAGAACUGCUAUUUUCAUGGCAAUGGAAAACGCACACCCUGGUCCGGUCGUCACAGCCUUGAUUGAAGGACUGCUAUGGAAAGACUUGAAUGAUCCGCAGAAUAUCUACGAAGAAGGCGAUCAUUUUUACUCGGCCACUAUGUAUAUCAAGAAAGGUAUUAUACGACAAGCGGAAAGUGUUGCCAACGAUCUACUGGAAAGGCUUGUAGACUUUAGUGCUGUUGACAGAUACUAUGCCAAGGAACGUAUGCGUCAACCAAGAGAUGCCGUCGGAAUGCCUCAACGAAUCAUGGAUAUGGAUCACAAGAAGUGGAUACGAUCAAGCCGCUUGGAAGAAGAGCAGGAAGACUUCGAACGAAAAUUGAGAAGGCAAGAUGAAGAAAUGGCAAAUCGACAACUACUCAGUCAGAGACAACAUCUCAUGGUAAUGGAACAGAGAGAAAAUCUAGGACAGCAGCAAUCAGCACAUGUGCUCGAUUCUCACCUCCUGUCUAUGAAGUUGCGCGACAGAGAACAUGGUAUGGAGCUUCGUCACCAAGAGGAGAACUUCGAUUAUCGUCUCGGGGAGAUGGCAGCUGCCAAUCAAAUGAAACUCCACAUCGAAGCCGGACAAUUUGCGAACAAAAUCGGCAUGCAAGAACAGAGUCGGACUGCAGAAUUGAAGCAUUAUACUCAGACUCAAGAUACCAAGCUAAACUACUUAGGUGAGGAACAAACUAUGCGGUACAACAUCUCCGAAGCGCAACAACAGCUCAGACUCGGAGGUAUAGAGAAAGAGCUUGGGUAUAAACGCGAACUUCAGAGCGAUGAGAUUGAAUACCGGGAGAAGUUGAGCAACGCGGAACGUGCUGAGCUUGAUCGAAAGCUCCAGUUCGCCAAUCAAAUGAAUACUGGACGAGUACAACUCAACCGUGACCUUGGAGAUAUCGAUUAUGCGUCGAGGCAGAACAAGCUGCAAGUUGAGAACCAAAACAGACAAGCUCAACUGCAGUAUCAGAAAGAAACGGACAGAGAACGAGUCGAGACCAUGGACACCAUGAAUCAGCAAGUUUUCGCUCGGAACCAGAACGCAAUCAACACGCAACGUGCUCAAGGCAAGAUUGAAUUAGACACACAAGCUGGAUUGAGUCAGAUCGAGACCGAGACGAUGCAAGACAAGAUCCAAAUGACGCAACAAGACCGAGGCCACAAGAUCGCUGCAGAGAGUCGGCUGGGGCAAGUCCAGAACCAGAACUUGUACGACCGAUACCAGAUCACUCAAGAAGAUCGAAAUAAUCUCCUUGAAACCGAGACAAGAAUGGGACAAAUCCAGAGUCACAACCUGCAAAAGAAAGUCAUCACACAAUUGGACUUUAUCCAGGCGACCAAUCGCGAGAAACUCGGCUACCAACAAGCAACCGAUCAACAACGCCUCGGCUUCCAACAGAACUACGAUUACCAAAAGCUGCAAACUCUCAACUCGGAAGGACGCAUUCAAAAUAGCACUCUACAGGACAAGAACCAGCUUAAUCUCCAGUUUCAAUAUCAGAGUGGGAAUAUGAGACUGGGGCAACAAGCACAGUCUCGGGAUAUAGAUCUCAAUUAUCAGCAGAGGAGUGGGAAUCUAGAGAUGAGGAAACAGGGGUUCUUGCAUGGUGCUAAGAUGGAGGAGAUGAGAGGACAGGAUUACUUGAAUACGAGGAGGGUACAAGGGUCGAUGGUUACACAGCAGGCGCAGAUUGAUGCUGCCAGGGCUAAGCAGCGGGACACUCUCCAGUAUAGGGCGCUAGGUGGAUCGGAGGAUAGUUAGUGAUGGCGAACUGAGGUUUGAUCACUGCACGGUGAUUGGUAUUUCUGGGAGUUUCUUUGGGCGCAAGCCUUGCAUUGUAAUUUCAUGAAGGGUUGUCAAUUUUCUCAUUUAUCGGUUGGAAUAUACUCGACGUCUUAUGGCUCUCUAUCGCCCAUGAAUACUGCAAGAAUCUUACUACAUUCUGAAUCAGUUUGACCUUAAUCAUUGUUGGUGU